AUGGACGAGAAGAGCCAGAAGGAUCUUGACCGCCUGGCGCGAGUGCGCGAAAACCAGCGCAAAAGUCGUGCUCGGAAGCAGGAGCAUAUCCAAGACCUUGAGCAGCAGCUGGCAGCGUGUAAAAAGCAAGCGCGGCAGAAGGAUAUCGAGUACCGGCUAGCCCUGCAAAAAAUGCACGCUGAGAACCAGAACCUCAGGACUUUGUUGGGGUCGUUGGGGAUUUCCGCUGAGCUCGUCCAGCAAUAUGUGGAUGUGGCUGACCAGGGCUCGUCUGCGGCUCGCAAGGUUGCAAUUCCUGCCGUGCAACGUCCAAACGAGCCAGCUGCUCUCUCGUCUGCCUCACAUUCUUCAACCCUAUCUCAUUCUCCUAGCGGUGAUCGAAUAGAAAUUGAAAGCCCACCCGUGACUCAUGAUGCUUGCACUUUGACCGAGGCACAACCAAAAGAGCGGCCUCUUCCACAAAAACUACAGAGUCCAGAUCCUCCUCUAUGCUGCCCGCCGGGGUCGGGGCAAGCGGGCUCAAUCACCUGGCCCGGGGCAUCUGAUGACGAUGUGCUGAAUACAACUAUGUGUGCGAUCGCGGAUGAACUUGUCAACCAGUACAACACGCGCGGGGCUGAUAUAGAAGAGAUACGGCGGAGACUUUGGUCUGGAUUUAGAUCAGGAAACCCCGGCGACGGCUGUCGAGUACAAAAUCAAGUAUUAUUCCAAGUUCUGGAUGAAAUCAGCAACAACAUUUGA